AUGGUGCAUUUCUUUGCCCCACAGCUUCACCACGACGGGGAAGUAAGAUGCGAAUCCCGGGUGGGUGCUCUGGGCCACUUGCUAGUGCCCGCUUGGGCCCGGGAAGAAGCACCAGAGAAGAGAAUAAUUAUCUUCGGUAUCACAGAGUUAUCUGUCACAUCAUGCACAGACUGA